AUUAUACAGCCAUCAUCCCUACCAUGUAAGAAUGGAAUAUUCCACUGAACUUUGACCCAUAAAUAAGCUUACAAGUCCAAAGUUCGUGAAUCCGUUUGAAAAUCUUUUGAUUUGGACACUUUGGCUUGGUAGUUAGGUAUUUUACGAUUUCUAGUUGAACAUAACGUUCUAUAUAACCUCUGGAUGCUGUAUGUUUCCCCGUUGGGCCGUUACCGUUCUCGUAGCGCUGAGAACUCUGACUGUUCCACGGCGGUGGGGAGGGACCAUGGCGGCCGAGCGGGCGAUGUCCUCCGCCCAGCCCCCCACCACGGCCUCGCUACCUUGCCGUAGACUGGGGGUAGUCCAAGGCUUUCCUGCCUGGCAGAACGAAGUGAUCUUCUGUGGGAACAGAGAGGCACAGGACCAUGUUGUCUUCUUCCCAGGAGAUGUACAGGACUAUAUUGAAAAUAUGGAGGCACACCGCGACAACAAGAACUGGAAACAGUGGAACCUGGAAGCCGUGGCUGAACUCCUCUCUCGCCGCUUCCCUCGUUCCUUCAUUUGGGUCAUCAAGCCUUCCCACAUGCACCUCAAGACAUUCAGCUGCUACAACUUCCUGGUCUGCAACACAAUGGGCACUCCCGAAUAUGGCGAUGAACCCAGAUAUCCCAAUGCCUUGCUUUACCUGAGACUCCUGCUCAACAACGCCGCACGGCAGGUUUCAAGUGAACUGCAGCAGCAAGUUGAAGGUCAGGACUCCUGUCCUGCUGAUCAAAAUAGCUGCCAAGAUGAAAGAUUGCUAAGCCUUCCAAUCACAUUUGUUGGCUUUAGCAAAGGCUGCAUUGUUCUGAACGAGAUACUCUUCGAGUUGCAAGAAGCGAAGCCAAUACCGGAGCUACAGGAGUUUUUGGCGAGGGUUAAGACGAUGUACUGGCUUGAUGGCGGACACCAGGGUGGUUCUAACACCUGGGUGACCAAUGAGGCCACCUUGAGGAAUUUUGCAGAACUGCAGGUGGAUGUACAUGUGCAUGUUACCCCCUACCAGGUGAAUGACGCUAUGCGGGCGUGGAUCGGAAAAGAGGAGAGACUGUUUGUGAAAAGGUUGAAGAAAGUCGGCGUGAACGUCACAGAAACUCGUCACUUCGAGAAUGAGCCAAGGUCCUUAGAAAACCAUUUCAAAGUCUUGACAGCAUUCUAAUGAAUGAUUUCUCUUUAAGACUUGUAGCUAAGAUUUGCUAAAUUGACACAACUACAGAAAGUAAAUGUAUUACCUUCAUUAUUUGUGAAAGAUCUAUGCAAAACAAGCAAAACAGUAACAUGCUGAAUGUGAUUCCCAAUAUGAAUGCUAGUAUCAUGUGAAUAGGUAUUGCCAUAUGGUAAACAGAAUGCAUAUUAUAUGCGUAUGGUGAGUUUUAAAAUGGUGAAUUUUAAAUACAUCCUCAAUGUAUCCUUUAUCAAGAUUCUUCCAUUAUGCAAUAUAGGGGUGAGGGAAAAUGGCAAGCCCGGAAAAAUCGGACAGAGAUGUAAAAAGAAUAAUCAAACUGUAUAGUUAACCUAAAGAAUGGUUGUAAGAAUUGCAUUGUCAAUGGCUCUUCCCCAUGAAUUAAUACUAUCAUCUGGCUUAAGACUGUUAGGCUACCAUACUUACCCAUUGGUUCAAAACUUUGUAAUCUAAGUACAUGUAUUAUCAAUGAUUCUGUUAUGCAUACGUUGACAUAUGCAGUAGACCUUAUACAUGUAUUUCAACAGAUCUAGCAUCUUUUAUCAUUCAUGUGACUACACAAGUAGAUUUUAUCCUGGAUACCCUGUUGUUCAAAAACAUUUUAUUCCUGUUAAUGCUGUGGGAAUUAAGUCAUGGCUGUGUUGAAAAACGAGUGUCCUUUUUUGUCAAACAGCGAUUAAAGGCAAAA